CAACCAUGGAGACUACACACUACUACUACGCACAGCACUUAUCCGUGAAUCAGCUAAAGUCCAAACCCGAAAAUGUACAUAGUAACUACCUGCACGUCCCAGUCCCAUCUUACCCCCGACCCGAGCUUCAUGUGAGCCACGUGAGCCACUGCACGGACGAGGAGGGGCUCUCCGGGAUCCUGAAGGACGCCGGCUUCAGGAGCCCAAGAUACUGGAAAGAGAGGCCUGGAGUGGUGUGGUUUAGCCUGACCGUGAGCAGAGCUGAGCUGACCGAAGCCGAGACAAGACCCAUGACCAUCGUCCACCCCAACGGCGCAGAGGAGCCGUACCACCCACCGACCAACAGAGAGCCCCAGCCAAGUCCACAGAGCCAGGGGGACCGUGGAGUCCUACAGACCUUUGCCACCUCUCCUGCUUUUAUGCCCAGCUCCAGACUGGGCUCAUUUUGCUUCACGCUCCCCCUGCAGGACGUCCUGGAGAAGUACAGCCGACAGUUCUGUGGGGGGCAGAAGCCGGUGAUGCGGGUGUGGAAGACCGUCCUGUACAAACAACAGGUGAUGUAUGCAGUUCUAGUCCACAGCCCGAGUCCGACCAAUCAGGAGACGUUUCGUGAGUUCCCUGAGCUGAAGGAGGAACCGAGCUCUAUCUGCGCCUUCAGAGAGGAGCCACGCCCACACGUCCUCUGGAGACCGCAAGCCAUGAGCGAGACACAUGACUUUGAGCUUGUGGUGAAUCGGGAUCAGAACUCUCUGUCGGUGAAGUCCGCCCCUUUUUACGAUGAGGAUGGGGAAUUCAGACUCAGAUACUUUGUGUGGGACAAUGUGGCUUUGGCUCUGCACGUCGGCCGUAAGGUGCUGAGGUUUGAGUACGAGGACCUGCGAGGGGCCCUGAGAUUCUGUGAGAAGGGGGACCCUCCCAGACCCAUCUCUGCGUUCCAGUCGUUUGAAGACGCCCAAGGACACGUGCCCUGGCCUCUGCCGCGUUUCUCUGACUCUGAUUUCGCCAUCAAUCCUUAAAGUCGAUAAUAUGUAAAAGUUUGAUAAUUUUAUAAUUUAUACUGUUAUUUCCUCCUCACAAACAAGGCAAGGCAAGUUUAUUUGUAUAGCACAAUUUGUACACAAAGUAAUUCAAAGUGCUUUACAGAAUAAGAAAGACAUUAAAAUCACACAAAUCAAAACAUAAAUAAUCACCCAAACUCUCUCACCCACUCGUUUGCCCCUUUAAAAACUCUCUCUCCCACUCUUUAAACACUGUCUUGCUCAGUUUAAGAACUUUCCCAUUACUUAACAAAAAAAACCAAAACAAAAAAAAACCUUUCCUGUCACUUCUCAAAUACUUUCCUGUCACUUUACUAUGUCUAAUAAAAGUCCAUCAGUCCAUGUUUCUUUUGUCAUCAUAAAAUUACCAUUAAAGGAGAAGAGGCAGAAUAAAAACCUUUCAGUCGUCUGCACAGCUGAACAGAACCGUUUUGAGCCUGGAUUUAAAUAUUGUCAAAGUAGAGGCCUGUCUCACAUCUUCAGGAAGACUGUUCCAAGUUUUAGCUGCAUAAAACUGAAACACUGAUUCCCCAUGUUUAGUCCUGACUCUGGGCACCAGCAGGAGGCCGGUCCCUGAA